AAAGCUCGACUAUAUGGGGUAACCUAAUGACAAAUGGUGACUUCAUAGUCCCACGAUUGCAAACAACGUUGGUAUCUCAAGCCUACCAUCUCCGGUUUCAGAGAAAAGACACAGCCCAAAAGCCCACUACGAUAAAGCCCGAUUGAGAUCAGAUUCACACUUCUGUGAUCUUCGGCCAAAAUCUUCAUUUCCCAUCCAACCCGAGUUUAACGAAACCUCAUUGGCAACCAAUGUUUUAAAUGCUGGUAUGAACCGGCCAGUUAUACCGGAUAUCAGACACGAGUCCGGCAUAAUAAAGGCCGGCAAAAUCUGAAUACGGUAUGUCUCUUGUUUACCCUUUGAUUUUGAAAAUUUCUAUCUAUAUAUUACAAAACUUUCCCCCUUUCUCCACUUCUAACAAGAUGGGUUCCGAUGAAGCAUUCUUCCACUACUCCAUCAUCUCCUACCUCCUAAUCGGACCACCCACUUACAUCUCCUGCCGCUACAUCACCGCCCCAUACGGCAAGCACCACCGCAAAGGCUGGGGUCCCACCGUCCCCCCAUCUUUAGCCUGGUUCCUAAUGGAAAGCCCCACCCUCUGGUUCACCCUCCUCCUCUUCCCCCUCGGACAAAACUCCUCCAAUCCCAAAUCACUUAUUCUCAUCUCACCCUUCAUCCUCCACUACUUCCACCGCACCGUCCUCUACCCUCUCCGCCUCCGUAAAAAACCCUCUAACGGCUACCCGAUUAGCGUCGCACUCAUCGCCUUUGUCUACAACCUCUUCAACUCUUACCUACAGGCCAGAUGGGUGUCCGAAUACGCAGAUUACGACACGGAUAACUGGUUUUGGUGGCGGUUUUGUGGUGGGUUGGUGGUUUUUUUGUGUGGUAUGGUGGUGAAUGUGAGAUCGGAUAUGGAGUUAUUGAGGUUGAAGGAGGGUGGAGGUGGAUAUAAGAUUCCGAGGGGUGGGUUGUUUGAGUAUGUGAGUUGUGCGAAUUACUUUGGGGAGAUUGUUGAGUGGUCGGGUUGGUGGUUGAUGACCGGGUCAUGGGUCGGGUUAGGGUUCUUGUUGUAUACUUGUGCUAACUUAGUGCCCAGGGCACGUGCUAAUCACAUGUGGUAUUUGGAGAAGUUUGGUGAAGAUUAUCCUAAGAAGAGGAAGAUUGUGAUUCCGUUUGUGUAUUGAUUUGAUUUUUAUGGAUUGAUUGUUGUGUUGAUUUAUUCGAGUUGCUAAUAUUUUGGUCUUUGGACUUUUUAGAUAUUGAAUAAUGACAUAUCUUGUUAACUAA